CACAAGAAGAGCCCGCACACAUCCAACCCAAGUCUUAACUCGAUAGCUUCUCGUCCAGUAUCCUAACUUUCUACAAUGCAGUUCAAGUUCUGGUUUGCCUUCUCCGCCGUCGUAAUGAUGGUCGUCCUGGGAGCCCACGAAGCGGAUGCUGACUGUCUCUCCGGAAGGUACAGAGGUCCUUGUGCUGUUUGGGACAACGAAACCUGCCGACGUGUUUGCAAGGAGGAACGUCGACCCAGUGGACACUGCAGUGCUAGUCUCAAAUGCUGGUGCGAAGGAUGUUAGCUGGCCCUUAUUGUAUCAACAAUAAUUCGAAAUAUAA